GCCACACCUAAAACAAAAAUCGUUUAGUAUUCUACAAAUUUAUUUAAUCUCGUGUUAUUUUAGAAUAAAUUUUUAAUAUGGCAAAUAAUCUAGAUGAUAUUGAUUCCGAAGGAAUUACAGACUCGCCAAAAAAGGGGCCUACAUUAUCUACUUCUACAUCUAGUUUUGAAGCUUUGGAUCCUCACGAUCCAAAUUUAAGCCGUUUAGCAACUACAAUGUUCAAUAAAACAGCUGAUUAUUUAUAUGGGGAGUUAACAUCCACUUUAGAGGAUUAUAAGUUGCUUGAAAAUAUGAAUAAAGUUACUGCUACGAAGUAUUCUGAUAUGAAGCAGAUUGCUAAUAGUGUGGAGAAUAGUAUGGUUGAUUUGAAAGAAAAAUAUGAUAUGUUACAACCAUUUUUGGAACAAAUAGACCAAAUUGAAGAUAGUGUAACAAAACUUGAGCAAGCAGCGUAUAAAUUGGAUGCUUAUUCAAAGAGAUUAGAGACUAAGUUUAAGAAUUUAGAGAAACGAUAAUGCUGACAUUUAUAUUGGACCACAAUGUUAUAAUUAUAAACUCAUUCUUAUUCUUUACAAUUUAAAUUUUCUUCUACAACCUCAUCUUCUUUCUUUACUUUUUUUACAAUUAGUUCUACUCGUUUUAAAUCAACCUUUUCAAUAAAUUCAUUUAAUGCUUUAUCACAGAUUAAAGGAUGCUCUGGAUUAUCAAUAUAACACUGUUUUAUCUAAAGAAUAUAUUUUAGUGUUAAUUAUAAUCAUAUAUAUAUGUAAAUAUGAACUUA